UAUUCUGGAACUUGUCUAAAAUGUUUCAAGGAAUGGGGGAAUAAGAAAAAGGGAAAAAAGAAUAAAAUGAAAGAGAAAGGAGAGAUGUUUGUUUGAUCUAUUCCAGGGAGAAGGAGCAGCUUCCGGAACUCAUCUGUGUCUUAAUCUUCAUCUUCACUGCAACAACACCAACGCCGUCGCCGACCUUAUUCCCCUCUAUCACUUCUCCCUCUUCUAUAUCUGUGUUUUGGUGCUUCAUUAAGGUUUAGCAUGGAAUCUCAUCCUCCUCCUAACCAUAAUCAGAACCAGGUGUCUCAUUGUCCCAAGAAAUGCUCACCUUGUAUUCACUGGUUUCCUCACUACAAGAAGAAGAACAAGCAGAAUCAGGAUUCAAUUGGAAAGCUACAAAACCGUGACAUUAUUGUAUAUGUUCUUGGUGGUCCUGGGUGUGGAAAGGGAACCCAAUGCUCUAAAAUUGUACAUCACUUUGGUUUUACUCAUCUCAGUGUGGGAGAACUCCUAGAAACUGAAGUCAAGAGCGGAUCUGAAACUGGAAAAAUGAUUCAGGAAUUCAAGAAGGAAGGAAAAUUGGUGCCAUCUGAGGUUGUUGCAAACCUUCUGAAACAGGCAAUGCAGAGGAGUGAAAACAGAAAAUUUCUUAUUGACGGCUUCCCCCGCAAUGAAGAAAAUCGUGUGGUUGCUGAGAAAAUGUUGGGGAUACAGCCAACUAUUGUAGUAGUGUUUGAUUGUUCUGAAGAGGAGAUGAUCAGGCGUGUUCUGCACAGAAAUCAGGGAAGGGUGGAUGAUAACAUGGACACAAUAAGGAAGCGUCUUAAAGUUUACAAAGAAUCCACGCUGCCGGUGAUUGAUUACUUUGCCAAAAAGGGGAAGGUCCGAAAGAUUAAUGCUGAGAGACCUGUUGAAGAGGUGUUCAGAUCAGUGGAGGAUGUAUUUUCUGAGCUUGGAUUAGUGAAGCAUGAGACUGAGGCUGGGAGAGCAUAUGUACAAACAGCAUAGUUUAGUGUACUACUAUGAUGGGGACAAAUAUGAUUUCUCUUAGCUUGUUUUGUAUAUUUGAUAUACUUUACCUAUCCCCUGUAUAUAUAAUUAUAUAGUGUAUCUCUGACUUCAAUUUAGGAAAUACUUGCUCUCUUCUGAAAAUUACAGUUUCGUAUGUGCACUUGUACAUUGUAUUUCCUGUAUUAUGUCGGCCAUAUGAACACAUAUAGUGAUCAAUAUGUAGGAAAUUCAGCUCAUGGUAAUGAGCUGAAUGUGUGUAUAUUUGUCAUAAAGAAAAUAUUGAGUAUAUAUUUGUCAUAAAGAAAACAAUCACAUAUGUGAGUAAGACAUUCCCUCCGUUCAAUUUAA